AUGGCAUUUAAGUUCGUGACAUUCUUCGCCCUGAUGGUUAUUGCCAACGCCGGUGUCAUCCCGUCUCCGGCUGUGUCCUAUGUUGGCGCUCAAGCGUCACUAGCACACGUCGCCCCGCAGGCCCAACUGCUCGAAACCGUCGUUGAUGAUGAGUAUGAUCCCCAUCCACAGUAUUCCUUCGCCUACGGAGUGUCGGACUCGCUGACCGGAGAUCACAAGUCCCAGCAUGAAACUCGUGAUGGAGAUGUCGUUAAAGGUGCCUAUUCGCUCGUCGACCCAGAUGGUACCAAACGCACCGUCGAAUAUGUCGCUGAUCCGAUUCACGGAUUCAAUGCCGUUGUUCACCGUGAACCACUCGCCGUGAAGGCAGUUGCAGCUGCUCCUCUUCUUGCCACCAAGACCAUUGUUACCCAGCCAGCUCUUGCCACUUAUUCUGCACCUCUGGCAACCAAGACUCUGGUUUCCCAGCCCGCUUGGUCCAGCUAUGAUGCCCCAGCUCUGUACUACUGA